AAGCGCUUUGUUUCCCAAUCAACAAAUUGCAAGCCAAUCGGCCACCUUUCCAAUUGGCAAAUCAUUGAAGCUGUUGUCGAAACUUCCACGAGGACCACUAAAAUUUAACUAAUAUUGCAGGCAAAUAGUUUAAAAAUUAGCGCAAAAUGCCAACGGACACCACAACCAAGCAAGUACAGGAUUACAAAGAUUCGCUAAUUAAGAAAGCGGAACAUCUUAUUAUUCAAGGGUUUCCAGAAAAGAUUGUGGAAUUAAAUGAACUCCUUGCAACGCCUAUGUUCAGUGAGCGAAAUUUCAAUGAAGUACAUCAGGACCUUAACAUUCCAACGCCAGACCCCGUUUUGGUGAAUAAUCAUGCUGAAAGGUCUGACGAUGGCGGUGACGGCGAUCAACCGGCGGCAAAGAGACCACGCGUUGAAGAUCACUUUGUGCCUGGCACGAAAGUAAUGUGCUUACCUACCGGUACGGUACCUUGCAAUGAGCCACUCUGCGAAAUGAUAAAAAUUGUUAAACCUAUUAUACGAAAACUCGUGGAAGAUUCCAAUUUAUUAAAAAUGUGGAUUUCAUUUUUAAUACCCAAAAUCGAGGAUGGUAAUAAUUUUGGUGUGUCCGUACAGGAAGAUACAUUAGCUGAAAUUCAAGCUGUAGAAUCUGAAGCUGCUGCAUUCUUCGAUCAAAUUUCACGCUAUUUCCUAUCGCGCGCCAAAGUCGUCUCUAAAGUAGCCAAAUAUCCCCAUAUCGAAGAUUACCGCCGUGCUGUCAUAGAGCUGGAUGAAAAGGAAUACCUAAGCUUAUGGCUGGUUGUAUGCGAAGUGCGAAAUCGUUAUUCAUCUUUACAUGACAUUGUCGUCAAGAAUUUGGAGAAACUGAAGAAACCACGUUCAUCUAAUGCAGAUAGCUUAUAUUAAAAUACAAUAAAUACAACAUUAAGAAACAAAAAAAAAAAAAACAAAAAACAACCGUAUUAAAAUCACAAAAUAAAAUCGCGUUGGAGGCGUGUGUAAUAGUGAAACAGUUGCGAAUAGGAUUGAAGGUGUGUGUCAUAGCGUAGAGUUUAAAGGAUAUAAAGGAUUUAAUCCAUUCUAUGGAUUGUCGAAAAAGUGUUAUUUAUUGAACUGUUGCGAAGUGACACCAGUUAAAAUACCUAAAAAAAAAA